GGAGAAGGGUAAGGAGCAACUUAAACUUAAUAAUCAGGCUGCAAGUUCGAAGUAAUUACAAAAAUGCCUGCGGAUGCUCAUGCUCUUUGUACAGCCGGCCUGUACCGUAUAUUUUGCCGAGCAAAGGCUGCUCCAAAACUCCACUGCAUAAUCAAAGCCUCCAAACGAUCAUUUCAGCGAUAGAAGUCUUCUUUUCGCUUCUAGGAUUCUGGCGCCCCAACUGUUUGAUACAAGUCCAUGGCUACUGGAUGUUGCGUUGCUACUGCUCAAAUCCACUGUGCACUCCCCAGUUCUUGUAUCGGCUUGCCCUCGUACUCUUCCUGGUCUCCGGGUUAUAUACAUAGCCAUGCCAAUUCUUUCAAGGAGCUAAUGCCCAGCGGAGGGAGUGGAAUCAGGUGCCAAUCGACUAGAACAGAUGAGAGGAAACCAAGGAUGAAUUUUUUAGAUAAUGCAAGCAAUCUCCUCACAAAUUUGUUGAGUGGGAGUAAAAUUGGAUCCAUGCCAAUUGCUGAAGGUGCCGUCUCUGAUCUUUUUGGUCAACCGCUUUUCUUCUCAUUGUACGAUUGGUUCUUAGAGUAUGGCUCGGUGUACAAACUUGCUUUUGGGCCAAAAGCAUUUGUUGUUGUAUCGGACCCCAUUGUGGCUAGGCAUAUUCUUCGUGAAAAUGCAUUCUCAUAUGACAAGGGAGUUCUCGCUGAAAUUUUGGAACCUAUAAUGGGAAAAGGACUAAUACCUGCCGACCUUGAUACUUGGAAACAAAGGAGAAGAGUCAUUGCCCCUGGAUUCCACACUUCAUACUUGGAAGCUAUGACGAAAGUAUUCACCGAUUGUUCUGAAAGAACAAUGUUGAAAUUUGAAAAGCUUAUAGAAGCAGAAGAAGACUCAAAGGGUGAAAAAACAAUGGAAUUGGAUCUUGAGUCAGAAUUUUCAAAUUUGGCAUUGGAUAUUAUUGGGCUUGGUGUUUUCAAUUAUGAUUUUGGUUCUGUCUCUAAAGAAUCUCCGGUAAUCAAGGCGGUAUAUGGUACUCUGUUUGAAGCUGAGCACCGAUCGACGUUCUAUAUUCCUUAUUGGAAGCUUCCUCUAGCAAGGUGGUUAGUUCCCCGUCAAAGAAAAUUCCAGAAUGACCUUAAGGUCAUAAAUGACUGUCUAGAUGGUCUCAUAAAACUUGCAAAAGAGACCAGACAGGAAACUGAUGUUGAAAAACUGCAGCAGAGGGACUACCUAGACCUUAAGGAUGCAAGUGUGUUGCGUUUUUUAGUUGAUAUGAGGGGUGUGGAUGUGGAUGAUCGUCAGCUACGAGAUGAUUUAAUGACAAUGCUUAUUGCUGGCCAUGAAACAACUGCAGCUGUGCUUACCUGGGCUGUUUUUCUCCUAGCACAAAAUCCAUCCAAAAUGAAGAAAGCCCAGGCGGAAAUUGACAUUGUACUUGGACAGGGAAGAACCACCACCUUUGAAUCACUCAAAAAGUUGGAGUACUUGCGGCUUAUUGUUGUGGAAGCGUUGCGUUUGUAUCCACAGCCUCCAUUGCUUAUUAGGCGUUCCCUUAGACCAGAUAAAUUACCAGGUGUCCUACCCGGUGCAUGCUCCUCCUCCUACGGCCAAUCAUCUAUCCACAAACACCACCUCAACUGGGCAGCCGUGUCUUUUGGACAGUGGAGCAUCCCAUCACGUGGCUUCAGAUGCAUCACUUCUUCCUUCCUACUCUGAGUACGGUGGACCGGAUGAAGUACGCCUUGGCGAUGGAUCUAGUCACGGGGGCGCCACUUAUGCGCGGGGAGAACUUUCUGACAUUUCUUGGUGGCAUCAUACUCUUGGUCAUCCGUCUCGAAGUGUUUUCAAUAAUAUUGUUCGUCAACACAAUAAUAUUAUCAAAUGUAGUGCUCCGUUAGAUUACUUUUGUAAUUCCUGUUUCAUCAAUAAAAGUACCAAGUUGCCAUUUUCCGUUAAUUCUAUGUCUGCAACUAGUCCCCUACAAUUAAUAUAUUCCGAUGUGUGGAGUACUCACACUAAGUCCAUUGAUGGUCAUAAUUCUUAUGUCAUUUUUGUGGAUUAUUUUACUCGUUAUACUUGGCUAUAUCCACUUAAAGCAAAAUCUGAGGUGGCACAUAUAUUUCCCCAAUUUCAUCGCCUUGUUGAAAAAUACUUCAAUCACAAAAUCGUUGCGGUAUUUUCUGACAAUGGCGGUGAAUAUAUUAAAUUGCGAUCUUACCUAAAUACUCAUGGUAUUUCUCACUUCACCACCCCGCCUCAUACACCGGAACAUAAUGGUAUAGCUGAGCGCCGGCAUCGUCACAUUGUUGAUACCGGUCUCGCUUUACUUCAUUAUUCUGGUCUCCCUUCUAUCUAUUGGUCGUAUGCGUUUCAAACCGCUGUCUAUCUUAUUAACCGGUUACCCACUCCAUUACUUCAAAAUGACUCUCCAUAUGUUCGGUUAUAUAAUAAGUUACCAAAUUUGUCCAAACUCCGUCCAUUUGGGUGUCUAUGCUAUCCGUGGCUUCGUCCCUACUCUGACUCAAAACUUCAAUUCAGGUCGAGUGUGUGUGUGUUUGUGGGAUAUUCUACAACACAAUCGGCAUUCCAUUGUCUUGAUAUUCACACGGGUCGUCUAUAUGUAAGUCGUCAUGUGAGAUUUAUAUCUCAUUAUUUUCCGUUUCAAAAAGGUCACAAUGGGUCGUCGGUGCAAAAUUCUCCCAGCACACACAUGUUAACCCCCACGCAUGCAGGCAUGCAAAAUUCUCCCCGUGAGGUUCCUUGUCAAACGGCUACUCCGAGGUCAAACACUUACCCCAUUAUACCCGUACCUAUCUCCUCAGCUACUCAGCCGUCCCCUCCUAUUUUGCCGCAACAUCAAAGUAUCAAACUACUCCCAAUUCAAAUUUAAAUUCUAAUUUAAAUUCAAAUUCAAAUCCUAUCUCACCCCCUCCUAUUCUUCCGCCCGAGUCAAGUCCUAACCCACCAACCUUUAACUCCCAUUCCAAUCCACUCAACCUUAUCACAUCACAUCUCAAUAAUUCAAAUUCCAAUAAUUCUAAUCUAUCCUUUACGUCAACUUGCCUUAUCCCUGGAGCACCACAUAAUCUGCCAACUUCACCUAGUCAUAACACCCACAACACUACACACCCAACCCCACCACCCACGUGUCCCCCACACUCCGUCUCACCACCGGCCUCCUCAACUGGGCCCUCUUUAUCCACCUCGGACCAACCUUCUUCUUUUAAUCUACCCACCCUUAAUCGUCCAGCCCGUACCCGUAAACCCAAUUCCAAAUAUGUAGGUGGCCCGUUUGUUAACACUACCACUAAUCAUCCCAUCCCCACUUCUCUAGAACCCACCAGUGUGAAGCAAGCUCUGGGUGAUCCUCGCUGGAAGGCUGCCAUGGAGGAGGAAUUAGAUGCCCUUCACACAGGAACCAAACUUGGACGCUAGUUCCACCGUCCGGACGUACCCCUAUUACAUGCAAAUGGCUCUUCCGGGUUAAACGUCAUGCGGAUGGUAGUAUUGCACGGUACAAAGCACGACUGGUUGCUCGUGGUUUUCUCCAACAACCGGGACGUGAUUAUGUUGGUAUUUUUGGACGAUCUACCUUCGAGGACGCUGAUUAGAGCGGGUGAAAAACAUGGAGGAGUAUACUAUUUUCGUAGUCUUGAUUCUGCUCGUGCAUGUUCAAUAACGGAGAAAAGCAAAGGAGAUCUGUGGCACUCCCGGAGGAUACAGCGGUGACAAGGAUGGAUAUGAAAUUCCAGCUGGUACUGAUGUAUUUAUUUCGGUGUAUAAUCUCCAUAGGUCACCAUACUUUUGGGACAAACCAGACAAGUUUGAACCUGAGAGGUUUCAAGUUCGAAGAGAAAGUGAAGGAAUUGAGGGGUGGGCUGGGUUUGAUCCAUGUAGGAGCCCAGGAGCAUUAUACCCAAAUGAGAUUAUGUCAGACUUUGCUUUCUUGCCUUUUGGUGGUGGACCAAGAAAAUGUGUAGGUGACCAGUUCGCCCUCAUGGAGUCAACCAUAGCAUUAGCAAUGCUGCUUCAGAAGUUCGACAUAGAGUUGAGUGGAUCACCUGAGUCGGUGGAGCUCGUCACAGGUGCAACCAUUCAUACAAAAAAUGGGUUAUGGUGCAAACUGAAAAAGAGGUCGUCCGGUAUGUAGUUUGGAGUCGUUUAUUCCUUCUGGCUCCUGAAGAGAAGACUUUUGUGUUGUUUUUUUAACCGAACAAACAGCCUUUUAUUAGAUUAAUAAAUCAUUUGCCACAUGGCUUACAAUGCACUCCGGUAUAAAAUUAUAACUACUACUAUGAUAUGAGAUUGCAACAUGCGCUCUAGCUAAUAAACUUUUGUGUUGUUAAUGCCCGCUUAGACGGCAUAGAUCAGGCUUGAGGUUUAAUUAAUA